CACAAAACGUAUACCAAUACCCCAGCACCAUAAAACUACUGUAUAAACAUACUCAUUAUAUUUUACACAUUUUCCUACAAUGUCUGAUGGCAACGAUAGUCGCAGAAACUCCAUGGAGUUGAUCGGUACCAGAGCCGGAACAGCCAUGCCCAUCGAAAUGCGCCAAGCUCUUCACCUCAAGGGCUAGUCCCGUCAAGCAUCGAAAACUUUUCGAAGCAGGAGCUGCGUGCCUACCAGCAGCUGAUGUCAAAGUCGACCAGCCUGGAGAAAUAUGAGUUUCUUGCCUCACUGCGCAGCCUCAACGUCAACCUGUUUUUUCGACUGGUGCUAAACCACUUUAAGGAUAUCGCGCCAAUUAUCUACACACCGACUGUUGGAGAGGCGUGUAACUACCGUCAGCUCAUGGCCGACCCAAUCGACCCCGAGAUCACUGUAAUUACGGACGGAUCACGUAUUCUCGGGCUGGGCGAUCUGGGUGUCAACGGCAUGGGCAUUCCUGUCGGCAAGCUUCAGCUCUAUGUUGCCGCAGCCGGGCUCAAUCCUGGGCGCACUCUGCCGAUCGUUCUGGAUUUUGGCACCAACAGCGAGCAGUAUCUGAAUGACCCGCUGUAUCUGGGCACUCGGGAACGCCGCCCUGACGACAACACUUUCUAUGAGGCCACUGAAAGGGUACUGCAGGGCCUCCACAGAGAGUUCCCAGGGUUGCUCGUACAGUUCGAAGAUUUUAGCACCAGCCAUGCCUUUGGCCUUCUCGAUAAAUGGCGCCAAAAGAUGUUGUGCUUUAACGAUGACAUCCAGGGCACCGGGUGCGUCAUCCUCGGCGGAAUUCCGGCCAAGGACCAGCGUAUCCUCUUCUUUGGGGCGGGUUCUGCCGGCGUCGGUGUUGCCAGGCAGCUGGUCGAUUACUUUGUUGUAGAUCACAGAUGCCUCGAGACAAGGCGGGCGCGCUGUUCUGACGUUCUGACCAAGCAGAAAUCCCGCUUUGCACGUCAUGACAAUGGUGAUGUGCAGUGCGGGACGCUCGAAGAUGCGCUCGAGUAUGUCAAGCCGACGGCACUCAUCGGCCUGUCGACCGUCCACGGCGCGUUCAGCGAGAAGAUCCUUCGCCGCAUGAACGAGAUCAACGCGCAGUCGCGCCCCAUCAUUUUCCCGCUGUCCAACCCCGAGACCAAGGCCGAGUGCACGUUCGAGGAAGCCAUGCGCUACACCAAUAACCGCGUGCUGUUUGCAUCGGGCACAGCGUUCCCUGAGCCAGGGAAACAACAUGUAUGUGUUCCCGCUAUCGGACUCGGCGCUGUCCUUUGCAAACCUGAUUGGAUCACCGACACAAUGUUCUAUGCUGUUGCAAAAGCGCUGGCAAACUCACGCAACGAGGAGGAGAAGGCAGGUGAUGAGCUGUAUCCGCGCAUCGAGCGCAUUCGCGAGGUAUCUGCCCAGCUUGCCGCCGCGUUUAUCACUCAGGCUGUGCGCGAGGGGCUUGUCAAAGAAGCGCACUGGAGAGAUAUCGUUAGUGCCAACAUGCCGUGUACCCAGGAUGAUGGCACCACUGGAAGCUCUGUUGAUGGUCAGUUCUCAAAGCGUGUGCUUGGCGAGUUAAGACACUCAUGUGGAAGCCCGCAGCCAGCGUCGAGCAGUACAUCGUAGAGUCGAUUACGAACCCCAAUGUCG